CACCGUCAAAAAGAUCAUGCAUGCACCUCGCCCCACUUUGCCUGGCUUGCUCUCCGUGCGUAGCAGUUACGUAACUGGCGUGUGAUGUCCUGUCGCGUCCUCGAGGUGGGCGCGUGUGAUGUUCCCCCCCGGCACGACUUGCAAAUCCAACUCGACUCCAUCCCAGCACCGGUGUAUGCGGCCGCUCCUCAACGCCCUCCGCACGAUGCAGACCACAGCCAAGUCGUCCACCCCGAGCAUAACAGCCGUCGUCGCAGCCACGGCCGAGAAUGGCAUCGGUCUCAACGGUGGCUUGCCAUGGAGAUUACCAGGCGAAAUGAAGUACUUUGCUCGAGUCACCACCGGCGAGACACCUUCAUCAGAUCCCAGCGAACAGAAUGUAGUCAUCAUGGGCCGCAAGACAUGGGAAUCCAUCCCUUCCAGGUUCAGACCUUUGAAAAACCGCCGGAACGUGGUCAUCUCAGGUAAAGGCGUGGACCUGGGAACGGCGGAAAAUUCUACUGUCUACACUGACAUACCCUCUGCCCUCUCCGCCUUGCGUUCUACCACGGAAAGCGGCCAUUCACCCCGUAUAUUCCUCAUCGGCGGCGCAACCCUCUACACCAGCUCUCUCCUCCCGUCCAGCGUUCCCUCUCUCAACUCGUCAACCUCCACAUCUCCUCUUCCUUUUUCCCGGCCCCUGAUCGACCGUAUUCUCCUCACUCGAAUCCUUUCCCCUUUUGAAUGCGACGCGUAUCUUGAAGACUUUGCGGCACACACAAAACCUGAUGGGAGCAAAGUUUGGAAAAAGGCUUCCAUCAAAGAAUUUAGAGAAUGGAUUGGAUGGGAUAUCGAAGAACAAGUUGAAGAAAAGGGGGUCAAGUACAUAUUCGAGAUGUGGGUGUUGAAUCAAUAGCUCUUGGUUGUAUGAACAAACAAAUACUUUGGGCAGUACGAUGAGAAUGGGUUCAUGAAUUCAUAAUAAUGC